AUAACUCUGCAAAACGGAUCAUCGUCGACGUCCACUAUUGAUACCGGAAAAAAGAAAAAGAAAAAGCAGUAGCAGCAGCAGCAAACCCUCGAAAGUGCUCACCUUCUCCACUCAAUAAGCUGCUCUGUUUCUCCUUUUCUUCAAAAUCAGCUUUCUCCAUACCUUUUUUUCCCGCCUUUUUAAAGCCCUUAUUCACAUGCAGCUCCAAAUGCUUUCCAACCCUCGGUUCCUUGUUAACCCGAAUCGGAACUCUUCUCUCCCUUCUUUCUCUUCUCCUUUCCUUUCUCCUUCCAACAAUCUCACCAACUUCUCUUCAAUUUCUCGUUCGCCUCCCAAUCUACUCUCAGCUUCUCUACAAUCCAAAGUCCUCACCUCCGCAAGGAUGUCUUCCAAGUCUGCACUUUCCGAUAAUGCUCAAUCUGUUGAGUUAGGGCUCGACGAUUGUCGGCUCGAUCGCUUCGCAGCUGUUGCUAACCAGCUGGCCGACGCCGCCGGCCAAGUUAUCCGCCAGUACUUCCGAAAGAGCUUCGAAAUCCUCGAUAAAGAGGAUUUAAGUCCUGUUACAAUUGCUGAUCAAGCAGCUGAAGAGGCAAUGGUCAGGAUUAUACAAGAGAACUUUCCUUCCCAUGCAAUUUAUGGAGAAGAGAAGGGUUGGAGGUGUAAGGAGAAAGUUGCGGACUAUGUUUGGGUAUUGGAUCCAAUUGAUGGAACAAAGAGCUUCAUCACAGGAAAACCAUUAUUUGGGACUCUUAUUGCUCUAUUAUACCAAGGAAAACCGGUUCUUGGCAUAAUUGAUCAGCCUAUUUUGAGAGAGAGAUGGGUUGGAUUAAAUGGGAGGAAAACUACUUUAAAUGGACAAGAUAUAUCUACACGUGGCUGUGCAAAACUCUCACAAGCUUAUCUGUACACAACCAGCCCACAUCUAUUCAAUGGAGAUGCUGAGGUGGCUUUUGCUCGAGUCAGGGAUAAGGUGAAAGUUCCUUUAUAUGGUUGCGACUGUUAUGCCUAUGCCCUAUUAGCCGCUGGUUUUGUUGAUCUCGUGAUCGAAUCUGGCCUAAAGCCUUAUGAUUUUCUUUCACUCAUCCCGGUGAUAGAGGGUGCCGGUGGAAUUCUAACUGAUUGGAAAGGACGUGAACUUGACUGGAAGGCAUCUGCUGAUUCUCAUGCAGGAAGUUUUAAUGUAGUGGCAGCUGGGGACAAGCAGCUACACCUACAAGCUCUGGAUGCACUACGAUGGCCUUAACUUAUGCUGAGCGAAAAGGAUAAGUAAGACGUGCAAGGCACGUGGCGUUAUACACAUUUCAGCAAAAUUGUUGGCAAUUAACUAAGAUGAACUUUUAUGUUCGCCCUCGCCUCGCCCUUCCUUUCAGGUUUACUAAGAAUAGGGCCCUAUUUGCCAAGGGGGGCCGUUUUAUUUCUUUAACGUAUUUUGUAUUAUUAGAAGAUGGCAAAAGGCUUGGUCAUUGCAAUGGCUAUGGCCUGCAAUGGCUAUGGCCUGAAGACGGAUCAUGUAGGGGACCGAUCAUCUACCGUUCGCGCAGGGUUUCCUUCUGCCAAUUGGUUCUCAUACUUAUUAUGCUCAGACGCUGAGCAUUAGUAGUAAUUGAGCGUGUAUCGAUCAAUGACUCAAUAUGGCUAUGACUUCCAACUGCUUUUGUUCGUCCUCUUGUACCCCGUGCAAUUAGUAAUAAAAAUUGUGAGUUGUGUCAA